UUGAAGUAGUAGAUUAUUAUUAUAAUAGAUUAUUAUUAUUGACGUUAAUAUGAAUUUUGCCGUAUUAUCCUUUUUGUGUUUACUGGUAAAUGAUGUUGCAUUCAGUAAAAAUGUUAAAAUUAUUGGUGGGCAACCUGCAUUUAUAUUCGAAUUUCCACACCAAGUGUCUUUGAGGGUUUUAAGAACUAAUCAGUUUGGAUGUGCUGGUACAAUAAUUACUAAAUGGCAUGUUCUCACAGUUGCUCAUUGUUUUGCAAGAAUGGAACAUGCCAGUGACGAAAUAGUAGUUUAUGCCGGAAGCAAUACAAUAUCGUCUGUAGGCGACAGGUAUUACAAGUUGACACGUAUCCAUAUUCAUCCUGGAUACACUGGAAUUAUAAAUAGGAAUGAGAGUUACGUGCAUGAUAUUGCUGUUGUUACGUUGCAAGAUCCCCUAACAUUUAAUAGUCAUCAAAAUAAAAUAGACCUCCCAACUGAGGAUAUUCCAAUUGGAUCCAUUGGUCUUGUAAGUGGUUGGGGAUCAUUAACUUAUCCAAUGUUUGUUUUCUCUGAUUAUCUGCAAAAAACUGUAAUGAAAGUACUUAACAAACUUUAUUGUAAAUCGGCAUUCUUUUUUUCCAUACACGAUGGACAAUUUUGUGGAGUUUUCACAAGAGGUGUUGGAUUAUGUUUGGGUGAUAGCGGUAGUGCAUUUGUAGUCAAUCAAAAAAUUAUUGGCAUUUCCUCAUUUGUUUUACCAUGUGCUAUAGGUAAACCAGAUGUAUUCGUUAACGUUUAUUAUUAUCUAGAUUUCAUUAGAUCGAUUAUAGAAACUUAAUAUAUUUUAGAGAUUAUCAUGUUCAUCGCUAUUUAUUAUAAAAAUUUUAUUCACUUUAAUAAAGAUACUUAA